AUGAAUCUAUCAUCAACACAGCUGAUUGCUAUAAGAGAUCAGUUGGUGAAAAGUUUGGCCAGAGUGCACGAAUUGGAAAAACAGGUCAGAAGGAUACCCAGUUUGAAUCAAACCAUUCAUGAUCUCAGUCAUCAAUUGGCCAAUCAAAUAAAGCUGAAUCAAGAACUACGAACUCGCCUGAUUCAUCAUACGAAAUCACUUAAUCCGGCAAUGAGUAUGAUUCUGGUUGAUUACAAGUGUCCCGCACUCCGAGCCACGGCUGACCAUGUGGACUUGACAUCCUCCUGUGAUGCAUCUAUUGUGACAAAAGUUAGUCAUUUUUCGUCCAACCAAGAAGAACCGGUGGUCUAUGAAGAUUUCAGUACGCAAACACGUGAUGAUUGGUUGCACAGUCGGGAAACGCAGACAACUGUUGACUAUGAUCUGUUGGGACAAACAUGGUUCAUCAAUCACUUACGACGGUUUGUCGAACUGAGGGAUCUAAUGAACGAUCCUUUAUUUGAUGGAAAUCGCUAUGGUGAUCUGAUUGAUUGCUGUCGGACUAAUCAGUGGUAUGAUGUAUUAAUUAUGUGCAAUGUAAUCAGCCUAAAUAGAAUACCAUUGCCUGAACCUCCCCCCUUCACUGAACUGAAUUUCCCGUUCAAUCCGCCACCAGUCGAUGCCGUUAUCCAGGUGAAUUUGGAUGAUUUUCAACUCACGAAACCGAACCCUCCGAAGGAGCUAGGCGAUGAUUUAUGUGCUGCAAUGGAAUUACACAAAUGCACUCCGUUACCCAAGAUUGAAAAUUUGGUGUGUAACUGUCUUCUGCAGAAGAAGAUUUAUACGCCAAAUCCAUUAGAGAGUGCAUACAAUUAUUGCUAUUUGAUUAAUCUGAACAUUCAGGAGAUUUCCUAUUGUAUUGAAUGGUUUCGCUGCUCGGAAGAUUUCAGUUUGUUAUCAACGGAUUGGGAUACGUGCGUAUCCGUACUCAACAAUGCACAGUUGCCGAUCAUUGCAACGACAACAGGAGGCAAAUACGAAGCACAUCCGACCUCUCCAACAUUCCGCUUGCCAGUCCCCACUGUUUCGCGUUCCAAUAUUCAACAGCCUUCCAAACGUAAUGAUUUGUCAGGCGAGCAAGAUAAGCCACAUAACCCUUGCCAGGAAUCUCAUCAACAGCAGUCCCCCUCACGUCAGAUGAAAUCUGGUAGACCAGAAAGCUGUUUUGAAAAGAACAAUCGAGAUAUCAGGAGAAGGUCCAAGCCACUGGAGUCCAAAUCGUUGAAAAAUUUCUCUCUCAGUCAGUCGGAAUCGGUCAGAGGAUUGGUAUCCGUUUCCUUUUUGGCAGCGUGUCAGACGUUCGCUGCUUGGUUGGAAGAUUCAACUACUAUAAGUUGCAAAGCUUUAAAUGAUGCUACAGAGACAGUCAGACGAGAUUGGUUUAAAGUUACUUCGGAUCCUGAAGUAAGUGCAGAACGCGUCAAAGCUCAUAUCAGAGCUCUCAAAGGUCUUCCGUCCUGUCCGAUCGAUCGAGUAGUCAAUAUGAUGGAUUCCAAUGUAAGUGAUAAUAUAUAUAUAUAUGAUGUUUAG